UCCGAUCCUGAACGAGUGCGUCCCCGUCGCGUGUACGCCGUGAAAAGCGGACGCUUUGACUGCAAUGAGAGCCGAGCGUCAUUAGACUUAACGGUGAGGAGACGUCUCGCUUCUCCGCACACAGCCCAGACAUGAGCAGCCGCAGAAGGAGGCCCGCCGAGCAGCUACACGAUCUUCCGUCGGAAAGUGAUCCCAAGCUGGGUGACAAUCCAGAACAAAGUCACGACCAACUGUGCAGAGAUCCACCACCUCAUUCCACGGACACUCUAUCCGCGUCACACCUGCCCACGUGUCCCGCACUGUGCACGACACAAUGCAUGCCUGAACAUGCAUGUCCGAACCACCGUGCCCGUGAUGACAGCUGGGAGGAGAUCCAAAGAAAGAGGACCAUCAGAGCGGAGAACGAAGUGGAAGCCAAUAAACUGGUCAACAACUACAGGUUUGGUUUCAGAAAAUGGAAGAGCCAUGUGACGGCGCGUCCGUUUGAAGUCCGAUCACAGGUUGUGAAAGAGCUGCACUCCGAACUGAACGUCAUUAAACCACAUCCAGGGCGUCUCAUCACAUGUGGAAACGUGGUGUAUGUGCUCCUCUUCGGUUGGUGGGUCUCUCUGGCAUAUUUAUUUAUCGGACUACUUAUGUUCCUCACUAUCGCUGGCGUAGCGCAUGGUAAACUGUGCUGGAAGCUGUCCUGCUACUUCCUUUGGCCUUUUGGCAAGUCAAUCCACCAGGUUGGAAAUCCAUCGAGGAGGUGUUGUGAACAAGCACCUGACUGUGAUUGUGACACAGACGGGACAGAAGAUAUUUCACCGGUUCUGUUGCCUUCACCUACCGAGGUGCCAAUUCCUGAGCUGCCAGGAAGACCUCUGCGCUCUGCUUACUGGCGUCGUUUCUCGACCUACGUGUGGCUGCUGCUGGGAUAUCCUCCUCUUGUGGUCAUCCACUCCCUGGCCUGCUUCCUCUCGUGGAUCCUGGUCUUCACCAUCCCCGUUUUCAAGAUGAACGCACGAACACUGGGCGUUAUCCUCCUCUUGGCUCCUGAGGAUGUCUCUGUCUCCACCUGCUCAGAGAGGAAGCAUCCAGUCUAUGAAACCAGAGCCCUGCUGUGCUGUUACCACGCUGCAAACUGGUAUUACUACAAGUACACUGUUGAUGGGAUCAACGUGUUCGCUGUCAACCUUCUCCCUCUAGUAAUAGUUGCCAUUGUAAUUGGAUAUAUUGACAGAGAAAACCAAUUCGCCAGCUCUAAUGUCAAGUUUGCCAUAGCAAUCUGCUCCAUCAUACCUCUGUCUCAUUACAUUGGUAUGGGCAUUGCCAGUAUCUCGGCCCAGAGUAACUUUGCAGUGGGUGCGGUGGUGAACGCCACCUUUGGCUCCAUCACGGAGUUGACCUUUUACAUCACAGCCCUGCUCAGAGGUCACCGGGAAGCCAAUCCGUGUCUGCAGGAGGUUGUUAAGGCCGCACUGACCGGCACACUGCUCGGAUGCAUCCUCUUCAUCCCUGGCAUCUGCAUGAUAAUCGGAGGGUUGAGACACAGCGAGCAAAGAUUCAACAGUCGCUCCACAGGAGUGAGCUCUGCGUUGCUUUUCAUCUCCGUAGGAGGUGUGUUUGCCCCCACGUUGUUCUCCAAAGCCUAUGGAAAUCUGGUGUGUGACGCUUGCACCAACUCGCCCGGAGCAAACGGCACAAACAGCAGUCAGUUCGUCUGCCGCAACUGUCACUACGAUCUGAGCAAUGGUACAUUGUUCCACAACCACGUUGAGCCCCUGGUGUACACAGUGUGCGCCCUCUUGCCCGCCGCCUACAUCAUUGGUCUGAUAUUCACGUUGAAGACGCACUCCCACAUUUAUGACAUCCAUGUUGGAGAGGGACAGGCGACGGGCCAGCCUGGCGCAGUGGUCCACUGGUCCCGGUGGAGGUCUCUGCUCAUUCUCAUCAUGGCCACUUUGCUCACGUCUGCUUGUGCGGAUCUCGCCACCGAGCACAUCCAGCCAAUUCUGAACCAGCCCAACGUCUCUCAGUAUUUCAUUGGUGUGACAGUUCUUGCAAUGGUUCCUGAGAUCCCAGAGAUUGUGAAUGGGAUUCAGUUUGCCCUCCAAAACAAUAUCAGUCUCAGCUUGGAGGUGGGAAGCUGCAUUGCUGUUCAGGUCUGCAUGCUGCAGAUUCCAAUCCUCGUAUUAUUUAAUGCCUGCUAUGACGUGGGAUUUGUGCUGUUGUUCAGUGACAUACACCUGUGGGCGAGUAUCUUCAGUGUGAUUCUUGUAAACUACAUCUUCAUGGACGGCAAGUCGGAUUAUUUCCAGGGCACAGCUCUGGUGGUCGUCUACCUCAUUCUGCUGGCUCUGUAUUUCUUUGCUCCAUCUCCACCAGGCUGCUGACCGGGCCACCGAAUCUUUUUCAGCCCAAUUCACACAUUUGAUUAAGCUCGAAGGAGUCUGAAAAGCAAAUUGAACAUCACUCCACUAUUAUUAUGACGAUUUCAUGGCAUCAUGGCUACAUGAUUGUGUGUGAAUCCUGGCUUUAUACAAGUAUUUCAUACUUCGUGCCGGUUUCUAAAUUAUACAGUUUACACAUUUGGUUUUAAUCUCAGGUAGCUGUUGUAUGAAUAUUUAACCAGUGUCAAAUGUAGUUUGCAAGUUAAAAUACUUAAGAACUGUGUGUCCUCAGACUCACAACUUCUGAACUUUGUAAAAAAGUUGUUUUACAAUGCAGUUUAAUAAUAUAAUGUUAAGUAUCUGCACUGAUAUUUUGUUUAGGGUAAUGCUAUAAUAUAUUUUGUAUGCGUUUGAACUUAAACAUGUUAAAUGUCUGUGAUAAUAGUGAUACUAUUUUAGAUAAAACACUGACACUGGAAAAUGUGGCACGGCUGGCUGUGCCAAGCAAGAAAAAGAACCUGAUAAUACAACAAUUUGAAAAACUG